AUGUCAGUCACGGCCAACACCCGCCUCCCGGGGUGUCCCUCCCUGGCGCCUCGGUGUUGGCUCCAUUCAGUGGCGGGUUCUGCGGUGGACGCAGCUCCGGCGGGCGGGCGCUGCUCUCGCUCUGUAGGAACAGGUCCUCGGCCGGCAUCGCUCAGCGGGCAGCAGCCGCAGGAGGAGGUGCUCCGGAGGAGGGAGGAUGCUGUCCCGACUGCGCGCGGCCGUGGCGCCCUGCGCGAUGGCGCGGCACAGCCUGCACACCAAGGAGAAGGGCAAGCCGCUCAUGCUGAACCCGCGCACCAACAAGGGCAUGGCCUUCACCUUACACGAGCGACAAAUGCUUGGGCUGCAGGGACUCCUGCCUCCCAAAAUAGAGACACAAGACAUCCAAGCCUUACGCUUCCACAAGAACUUGGCAAAAAUGACCGACCCCUUGGAGAAGUAUAUCUACAUCAUGGGGAUCCAGGAGAGGAACGAGAAGCUGUUCUACAGGGUGCUGCAGGACGAUAUUGAGCGGUUAAUGCCCAUCGUGUACACCCCAACCGUGGGCCUGGCCUGCUCCCAGUACGGGCACAUCUUCAGGAGACCAAAGGGAUUAUUUAUUUCCAUCUCAGACAGAGGCCACAUAAGGUCAAUUGUGAACAACUGGCCAGAGAAUGAUGUUAAGGCUGUUGUCGUCACUGAUGGAGAAAGAAUAUUGGGUCUUGGAGACCUGGGCGUGUAUGGGAUGGGAAUUCCAGUGGGAAAGCUGUGUUUGUACACAGCCUGUGCAGGGAUACACCCAGAUAAAUGCCUGCCUGUGUGCAUCGACGUUGGGACUGAUAACACAACACUCCUGAAGGAUCCGUUCUACAUGGGGCUGUACCAGAAGAGGGAUCGCUCGCAGGUCUACGAUGACCUGAUCGACGAGUUCAUGGAGGCCAUCACAGACAGGUACGGCCAGAACACGCUCAUCCAGUUUGAAGACUUCGGAAACCACAAUGCGUUCCGGUUCCUAAGGAAGUACAGAGAGAAGUACUGCACCUUCAACGACGACAUCCAAGGGACAGCCUCGGUGGCCUUGGCAGGACUGCUGGCAGCACAGAAAGCCACUGGGAAACCACUCACAGACCAGAAAGUGCUCUUCCUUGGAGCGGGAGAGGCCGCCCUGGGAAUUGCCAACCUCAUUGUCAUGGCCAUGAUGGAGAGCGGCGUUUCCUAUGAGGAGGCCUCCAGGAGAAUAUGGAUGUUCGACAAGCAUGGCUUGCUGGUCCAGGGCCGAGAGCAGAAGGUGGAUUCCAACCAGGAGCCAUUCACACAUCAGGCUCCAGAGCACAUACCAAAGACAUUUGUGGAGGCAGUGAAUGUACUCCGGCCUUCAGCUAUCAUCGGAGUUGCUGGGGCGGGGCGCCUCUUCUCGCAGGAGGUGCUCAGAGCCAUGGCUUCCAUCAACGAGCGACCCAUCAUAUUUGCACUGAGCAACCCCACGGUGAAGGCUGAGUGCACGGCAGAGGAGGCCUACACGGAAACAGAGGGCCGAUGCCUGUUUGCCAGCGGCAGCCCCUUCGAGCUGGUCACUCUGAAGGAUGGAAGGACCUUCAAGCCAGGCCAAGGAAACAACGCUUACAUCUUUCCAGGCGUGGCUCUGGCUGUGAUCCUCAGCAGUGUCCGGCACAUCAGCGAUAAGGUUUUCCUGGAGGCUGCCAAGGCAUUGGCAGAACAGUUGACGGAUGAAGAGCUUGCCCAAGGAAGACUUUAUCCUCCGCUGUCCAAUAUCAGGGAAGUUUCUAUUUAUAUUGCUGUCAAGGUGAUGGAGUUCCUGUACGCCAACAACAUGGCCUUCCACUACCCCGAGCCGGCCGACAAGAACCGCUACAUCCGCUCCAAGGUCUGGACCUACGAGUACGAGUCCUUCAUGCCCGACGUGUACGACUGGCCCGAGUCCAAGGUGCAGUGACGCAGCCCCGCGCCCGCUCCUCAGGCAGCACCUCCUACUCUGCAGGGAUCCCCUCCUCAGACCAACUGUAAUCAUGAUCUUUGACUCCUCUAAUUUAUUUGCGCUCAUUUCGUUGCCUUUUGUUUGUUUGUUCGUUCGUUCGUUUGUUUUUUUCCCCCCCCCCCCCCCACCCUUACACCCUGUUUUUCACCUGAUUCCUCCCAAGUACCUGAUAAACUGUACGGAUGAUGGCAUCUGCCACAGGGAUGAGAGAGCCUGCCAAAAUUAAUUUAAAUUGUAACAUUGCAUUUCUAGCUUACAGCCAGCACCACACGGAAGAAUUCCAUUAAUGAUAUUUUAGCUACAUGUGUUUGAUGAUGAACUGUAGCUCUCUCAUCUCUGCUGAUCUCCAGAAUGAUUUAUUAUUUCUGCCUUUAAUAAUCAGUCUUCUAAUUGUUCCAGUGUUGAUGUCACUGCAUUAGCUGUGACAUCAAGGGAGACCACUUGCCAUAGAAAAAGCAAAAGGGCAGUUAAAGACAACUUCAAGAGUCUGAUGGGCCUUCUGUUUUGUUUAAUGUUUAAAGAUGCCCGUGCCCAGGCAUCCUUGUGGCAUUGGCUGCUGUUUCCUUGAGGAGCAGCGAGUGUACACCUGUGGAGUCUGCAGCAAAGUUUGCAGCUUUGUUUUCAUCACUCCAUGAAAUUCGUUCUCAGGAAAAAUGUGAGCUAGUUCAAACUGUCCUUGGGAAGCCUGAAAACAAUACUAAUCACUUAAUAGCUUUUAAAAACAAAGCCGUGCUGUUGCAGGAUAAAUUUUAUGGGGUAGAAGUAGGACCUGAAGUAAUUCAUGGAAAUCUUUUUAGAGAUUUUGCAAGGAGAUUUUAAGCAGUGGACUGCAAAAUGAUGUACCAAAGGAUCUUAAUUCUUAAAUUUUUUCAAGAUUCUGUUUUAUCUAAGCCAGGUUGUUGUCUCCCUUGCACCUCUCACAAAAAGACUCGUGCAUGAUGUUCAUGACACUGCGCACUCGAAAGCUCCGGAGCGGGCUCACUCGGAGCCGGCACCCCGCAGGCAGCUGAUGAGGCUGGAGCAGGAAUGCUGUCAGGCAGCUACUGACCCCAGCCUGACUGAAUGUUUCCUGAGCUCUUGGUCCCGUACGCUCUGCUCCGUGUGAGUACUGGAGCCAAAAGACGCUGCAAGCCCUCUACUGAGCGCUGCAGCUUACUCCGCUUACAGGCCUCGUCCGUCAGAGUUCCUGUGUGACAGCAGAAGUUCCCAGCUGAGCUUCUCCUUGCCAGGGGUAGUGCUGCACGUGUGCCCGGGUCACUCUGCAGGGAUGCCCAGUGAUGGCCACAGGCUGUGGCUGCCCCACGUGUGCUCCCUGCAGCGGGAACAGCCGGGGGUCAGGAACAGGAAUAGAGAUACCGGCUGCCCCGCUUUGCUGCAGCAAGGCAGAAAAAGGACAGGAGUAAAUAGACAGAUGUGCCAGCAGUGCUGCACUGGCAGACAUCAUGCAAAGUAGAGCUUGCUCAGAAUUCACCCAUGGCAAGCACUGCUCUGGUAUCCUCAGGUACACAGGAACAUGCGGUCUCCACAGAACAGGCCAGAACAGAGCAGGGAAAACGGUCUCUGUACCCCCUUAGGCACCUACAGGCUCUAAAAUUAUGUUCAUGCAAAGAACAGUAAACUUUGGGAAGGUGCUGCCUGUGUGGGGAAAGAAGACUGAUUAUAUAAACACAGAAAAGAGUGAUGUGGGGAAAAAACUGUGGCGUUCGAGCUGUGGUAAAGCGUUGUGUGGUGGGGCUCGAAGUGCUUCACUGCUGAGUGCUGACACGCACAUGGGCAGGAGCUUGCACUUUGCAUGUGAAUGUACAAAAGACACCAACACACACGUAGGACAUUUUUACAAAGAGUGCUUUUUUUUCAUCUAUUUUUGCUAUGCCUUGUUUGUAUCGUAUUUAAAUUAGUGAUCUCACGGAAAAAAAGAAAUUAUUUAUUCAAGGUAUGAAUUAUUUUUGCCUUCUGAAAAUCCAGCUCUGUCUGAAGCCUGUUGUAUUGUGCCAGUGGAGUUCUGCGUCACUGGAUGCCGGAGCGCUGGGAACACACGCUUCCUCCCUUCUGCCAGCAGCCAGUUAGACAGAUGAGUAACAAAAGCACCCAAAGUGCACUGAUCUCGUGUCCCAGCUGAGAGCGAUCACAGAGGCAGGGGAGCUCUGCCUGAGGAAGUAAGGAUCCGUGCCCACCCCUUCAGUCUGAUGGUUUUGUUUCCAGGGACUGCGGCUGUUGUCCACAGCCAGUGGCCCUUGGCAGCACUCAGGAAAAGCUGUAGCUUGGGGAAGCUGCGUUCCCUCCGAGCAGCAGGGCCCUGCUCCGGGCAGGAGCGAUCCCGUUCCCCAAGGGAGCUCCUGCACCCGUCAGGCUGAGGAGGACGCGGUUCUGAGCAUUCCUUGGCCCUGCUCUCCCGGCAGGUGCCGGCAGGGAUUGCUGGGAGCUGGCUGGCAGCGGGAUUUUCCCAAGCACAAGCGUUCCCACGUAGUCAUUCUUCUGGAAAUCCCGCUGCGGAGGUGGGGGAAAAGCAGUCCCUGAGAGAGCUGUGUCAGGAACUGCCCCGGGGUGUGCUGGAGGUCUGGCUGGCUCUGCCCCCGUCCCGGCCGGGUGGUGCCAGCCCGACCUGAGCCAGGCACACCCUCCUGGGCGCUGUCUGUCAGGCUCUCUGCAUCCUCUGUGGCUCGCAGUGUGGACAUGGUGGGAUUUUCCCUCCCAGCCAUUGUUUCCUGUUGGCAGCAGGUAACCCGUCAGCUCACAGAGUUUUGAGUCCGUUUCACUCUCUCUUUCAUCUUCUCCAGAAUUAUUUCUUUUUGAUACGUAGAGUUUUAAGAUACACAGAUUCAUGUUCAGUUUUCCUUCAGGUACAAUUAAUCCUUGAACUAAUUACAACUGCUAAUCUUGCUGGCUAGUAAGGAACCAGUUUCCUUUUUCAUAUUCUACUUAACAUGAUUUUUUCUGUUCGCUGCUUUAUUCAAAAUACUUACUGGUCUUUAUCUGUACAGAAAAUUCUCUUAGACAGUAUGCAAAGGGAAACAGGUGUCACCAGGAUGCAUUUUGUCAUGUUACAUAGUGUAAGUUAAAAAAAUACGUCACCUAAAGGACCACCAGUGUUGUAGCUUGUCACACAGCCCCCGUGACUUGCCCUCCAAAUGAUUUUAUAAAAGGACUGUCUUCCAUGUCUCCUUGGGGUAUGCAGAACCCUUCUGAGAGGAUCAAGAACUUCCCUGAGCUCAGUCUUUUCCAGGGUUUGUCCAAUCCUUUCUUCCUUAAAAUCAGCAGGAGCAGGACUGAGCCUCUUGGCAGCAACCUGUAGGAGUGUGAAGGCACCUAAUGAAGCACAGCCUUUCUUUAUGAAUUACCCGUGGUUUUGUUCAAAACAUGUUGCAAAGGUUUGUGUGUUCCUGAAGCCUCUGCCCAGGUGCCGAGGUGCCGUGUAGGAGGAGAGGACAGAAAUGUUGUGUCUGAUACAUUUUAAACCCCCAUUGUGACUCGGUUACAUUUGUGGACAGUGAUGCAUCCUGAUCUGUUGUGUUCGUUUUCCAAGCUUCAAACCAAGUGACACUUUACCUGCAGAGUGGCGUGUAACGGGUUUCCUGUGGUCGGUGCGUGUCUUCCUCUUGUACUGUUGUUUGCAGCACGCUGUUUUAUGGGGAUAAAGUAACUCUGUCACACUCCUCCGGUAGUACCUGCGAAGAUGAACGAUACAAUUUUUAGUUUCUCCUUAGCAGCCCUCCGCGGAGACUGUUCCUGUGGGAGAGCGGGGAUCACUGUUGCACAGCUCCCACCCAGGCUUCGGUUCAGCUGACUCCGGCCCCGCCGUCCCGGCUGCUUUUGUUCGCUGGGGCUGGCUGCAGAGGGGCAGAGCCGAGCUGCUGCCCUGCGGCUCAGAGCGGCGUGAGACCAGCCGGGGCUGCCCCGCUGCGAGCGCUUCCUGCUGGGGAAACCGCUGGCGUUUCUGCGCUGCGGACGACGCCCCGCUGCCUGGCAGCCGCGGGCGCUACACGGCGGCAGGAGGUGCAGAGCAAAGCUCUGGCAGCUGAAAUCCGAGCGGAGCCGCUCAGCGGCUGCUGAAGGCGCGCCCAACUCCGUGUGCGCCUGCCCUGCCCCGGUGUGCUCCCGCCGGGACAGCGCGAUCCAGCAGGGCUCCGAGCGCUUCCCCCCUGUGCCUCCCGCUCUCCGUGGGGAUGGCAGGACUCACCCGCGGCUGCAGCGGGGCCAGGAGGAGGUUCUGUCAGCACUGCUGCUGCUGCUGCUGCUGCUGCUGCAGCCCCGAGCUGCCUGCUCGUGCUCCCCGAAACGCGCGGGGCUGGCGCCAGCCCGGGCGCGGCUUCUCCGCCUACCCUCGGCUUCGGCUCAUCCGUUCUUCAGCCAGACCCUUCCUCACGGGAAUGAAAAUGCUCUCAGCACUAAAGAUGGCUGCUUUGUCAACAAAACAGCAAAAUAAUCUGCAUUUAUUUCCUAUCUUAAACAUAUCUACCUUAUGCAAAUCAAUGUGAGCCUGCUGGGGCGCUUGUGAGAACAGUUCCGGCCUGAUCCGUGCGGGGUUGGCUGUGCCUGGGAGGGUCAUUGCUCAGCUGAAACUAAAACUGUAUGUAAAAUGUGAAGUGGUUGGGGUUUCUUCCUACUUUAUAACGUUGUAACUCUAUUGAAAUGUGUGUUUUAGUCUUCUAUUUUCUUAGUAAAAUGCAUUCCCUUUGCCUAA